CUAACCAUAACUGCCCUAGGACAGAAACAGAUCAGAUUUGUGUUCAAGGUUUCCUUCGUUCAAAAAUUCUGUCGACGCAAUGCUGUCCUACAGGUUCUCAGUGACAAUCGCUUAUUUGGCCUUGAGCAUUGCUGUCAUUUGUGCUAAGCAGACAUGCGACAUUCAGGGCUGUCCAACAGGAUUUGAAUGUCUGGAAGAAAAGACUCUUAAAGCAGCCAAGACUCCUAGAUGUCUCCCAGACAUCAGAGAGAUUCUCAGAGGGCGUUUGGACGAAUAUGAAUUGGCCUGGAAUACCCGAAAUUACCAGGCCUUGGAGGAUUUCUACACCGAGGACAGCGUCUUCGUGCCGGCUGGUGUAGAUAUUCGAAGGGGUAGCGAUGGUUAUGCUGAAUUCAUUGAGGACCUGAUUACCGAAAACAACUGGUUAAAUGCCACAUGGACCAUACAAGACGUAAUCUAUGUCACAGACGAACAAGUGUUCACAAUUGACACCUUCGCUUGGGCAAGGAACAAUACGAACCCUCUAACUGGCAAAGACAUCAUCAUGUGGAAGCUAAUAGACGGAAUAUACUAUAUUCAGUACGGGGUCGCUAAUUUGCCUGGAGCAUAACCAAGCUCAUUUUACUAUGGAAUGUUGUAAUUGUUCAUCUCCAUGGCAGAUGACUCCUUCGAGAAUAAAGUAUACAUACUUCAUUUAAA